AUGGGUGAUCAGACAGCCGCGAUAAAGGAUACGGACAUAUCCAAAGAGAUGCAGCAAGAUGCUGUGGAGUUUACCAUUUUGGCCAUAGAGAAAUGUAACGUUGAAAGAGAAAUUGCGACUGUUGUAAAGAGGGAGUUCGAGAAGAAAUACGGUCCCACUUGGCAUUGCAUUUUAGGAAGGAAAUUUGGCAGCUUUGUGUCUCAUGAGACCAAGCACCUCAUCUUCUUCCUUGUGCUUGGAGUAAAUGUUCUUCUGUUUGAAGCUGGUUAG